CCUCCAGAAGCAAAAUGCCGCUCCUGCUCCAGCGCCUCGUCGCCGCCGUCGCCGCCGCGGCUCCCCUCCGCCGCUACCUCUGCACGGCGGUCCCACGCCCUCCCUGGGCCAUGGUGAACAGCCAGGCGGCGCUGGACGCGUCAGGGGCGCCGUCGCAGAGCGCGCGCGCGCUCGUCGACCUCAACAGCACCCCCUGCGUCUCCCACCUCUCCGUCCCCGCUCGCCUCGUCGCCCCCCACGGCGACGACAUGGGUUCCCUCGUGGGCAUCGUCCGCGGCGCCAGCUGCGACGGCCUCCUCCUCCUCGACUUCAUCGACGCCCGCCACCGCCCCUUGUGGCCACACGAGUUCGCCGCGGCCCGCGGCGGCGUGGAACCGGAGGGCGAGCUCUUCGUCUGCAACCCUCUCAGCGGGCAGCUGGUCCGCCUCCCGGCCCCGGGCAUGGAUGUCCCCAAAAUGGGAAGUACCUCUUUCGGCCUGCUCACCCAAUCUCAAGGCUCACACGGCCCGCCUGACAGGUACGCCGUCGCUCAGCUCAGCAAAAGCAGUCGCGGGGGAGGGGAGUGCCGCAGGGUCGUGCGCCGGUUUCUGUCCGAGACAGGGGAGUGGGACGAGCGGCCGCUGGUCGGGGUGGCCGAGAUGGACACUGCGCGGAGCAUGCUGAUCAACCAUGAGGUGCUGGCGUUCGGCGACCGGCUGUGGUGGGUGGACGUGGCCUGGGGCGCCUGCUCCGUCGACCCCUUCAGCGACCGGCCGGAGCGCCGCUUCGCCGAGCUGCCGCGCUCCAGCGUGCUGCCUGUUUCUGAUUCCCCGACGCUGAGCAGGUACCGGCGCAUGGGGGUCAGCGACGGGAAGCUGCGCUACGUCCAAGUGUCCCAUGGACACAAGCACGACAAGUGGUGCGUGAUCCUUUCCUUUUCGCUGGAUGACGAGACCUACAGCUGGGCGCUGGAUCAGGGAGUUGAAAUUACAGGUCGGCACGACCCUUGCUAUGUUCAAAUUGCUGCCAUAGAUCCAUUCAAUGCCGACCUUGUGUACCUCCAACAUGGUAGUGCUGUUAUUGCCAUGGACCUGGCUGAGGGGGAGGAGAUUUGGAGGGGUUACCUGGCCAAGGAAUUCGCCUUUCAGAAGUUGCUCCACUGUAGUCUUCUUGUUCCGUGCGUGCUCCCAACAUGGCUUGCCACAAGCCAUAUCCCUUCUGCAGGAACCCUUUCAAGCAACAAGGCCGAUUGCAAAAGGAAGAGUUUGGCAGACAUGCUGGUUCGCGUAGACAAAUGCUAG